AUGGCAAAAAUUUCAUCAUUAGCAGCAUCAUUGAGAACUUAUCCAAAGAUGUCAUCGUCUAUUUCGACUCGACAACAUUCCUUUUUAUCACCAUUUGUGAUGAGCAUGACCAUAGUUAUUCUUCUCGUGAGCGUUUGUCCAUAUGUCACUUCUUCACCAACAUCCGUUGAUCAGAACAAUGAAAACAAAUACGAAUCGAAUGGACUUAUGCUCGAUUCAAGUAAUUAUCAAGGAGUAUCAACAGGUGAAUCAUCAUUAUUAUUAUCACCAACCGUCCAACACUUACUUUCUCGACGAGCAUCAUGGCGUUUUACACAACCCCGCACACAUGCCAAUCAAUUUUUAAUGGCUCCUACAAAUGAUAACGAAGUAAUUUUACCGAAAUGGUAUACACGGGUUAAUAAUAAUGAUAAAACAUAUGAUAUUAAUAAUAAUGAUGAUAAUGAUGAUAAUGAUGAUGAUUUAGACGAGUAUCUUUCACCGAAUGUUUUGUUUACUAAACGGUCAAAAUAUUCAAAUACUGGAAAACCUUCGAAUUUAAACAAACGUAAACAAGUAACAAAAGCGCCUAUGGAAGUCAUGAAUGAAAUCGUCAAUUCAAUUUAUCUUUAA